AUGACCUUCGCGUGGAAAGCCGCCGGUUUGACCUACAACCGCUACCUCACCGUCGCUGCUCAGGCAGUCCGUCGAUCUCUCAAGCCAGAACUCCGUGUCAAGGCCGAGUCUCAGGCUCCUGCUGAGCUCAAGUACGCCCACUGGAAGAAUGGCAAGCAAGGCGAGAUCGUCGACCUCGGUGCCCAGAUGAACGAGGGCCAGGUAGCGAAAUAA